AUGGAUAAUAAAAAAUUAAAUCAAGAUUUAACAUGUUGUAUCUGUUUAUCACCAUUUGAUGUUACAGAUUUAAAUGACAAAGAGAAAUUACCUCAUAGAUUACCUUUAUGUUCACAUCAAUUUCAUAAAAGUUGUAUAGAGGAGUGGUUUCAAAAAGGAUCAAGAACUUGUGCUUACUGUAGAAAAGAUUAUUCAUCCUUCUCUAAAAAAGGCUUGGUUUCACAUGAUCAAACAGUAACUCAAUUACUUUUAGAAAUUCAAGAUUUAAGACAAAGCAACAACAACAAUACCAACAGCAAUACCAACAAUAAUACCAACAACAAUAACAAUAACGCCUACAACAACAACAACAACUACAAUAAUAAUAAUUUGGAGGCAAAUGGUCAAAAUAAUGAAAUAAUAGUUAGAAGAAUGGAAAUAAAAAGUAUUAAUUCAAACUCUGAAGAAGAUGAUAAUGUUAGUUGUUCUCGUUCAGUAAGAUUAAAUAAUCAAGAAGAAGAAGAGGGAUUUUUAAGUAAAACAAUCAAUUAUUUUAAAGAAAAUCCAAUCAUAACUGGUCUUUUAGGUGGUGCUGUAAUGUUUGCUGCUCUUUCAACAACACAAUCCAUAUGUACCAGUAAAGAAGAUGAUGAUGACAAAAAGAAAUAA